AUGGCUAUUGCAAUCACGAUGGAACAAAUACCUAAGGUGGUUCCAGUGAUUAAAGUCAUUCGAGUGGAAAACGCUACUUCUCGCAAACACCCUCGUCCGGACGAGAACGGUGAGCCUUUCUCCACUGAGAAUAAACAACGGUAUCCGCAUCGGACACAGCAGCGGCACAACGCACGAUCGCGUCGGAGAGGAGCCUCUAACAACAAGAGCAACCAAAAGGAUCGCGGUGAAAACAAGAGGAAGCCGUUGGACUCGUCUAUUGAUGCACCGAGCUGUUCAGUUUGUCGACAAGUCGAUCAUCCCAAGUACAAGUGUCCCAAAUGUCGCGCAACGUAUUGCUCAAUUUUGUGUUGUCGCAGACACAAAGAUGGUCUGUGUGAAGCAACGAAAGCAACCAUCAUCGAGACACCGAACAGUAAAACUUUAGCAACCACGGGUGUAACGAGCAAAUACUUGACGAACGACAAUGUGCCAAUGCCGUUGCUCUCGGCUACAGCAUCAUCUGCAUCACAACGACGUAAGGACGAGGACGAUCUCGACGAAGGUUGGAAGAUCGACAGUACCAUGACUCAUGCUAUGCAAAGCUCUCUCUGGCUCCGGCAGGAACUGCAAGAUUCCGGUCUUCGUGCUUUGAUCACUAGAAUUGUAAAUUCAUCGAAUACAUUGGAUCGAGACUUGCACACGGCCCAAGAGCGCGCUUUGCAACAGGCAAAGGACGACCAUCCUAUGUUCCAACGCUUCAUCGACAAGUUGCUCGUGUUGUCGGGAGUAUUGGAACGUCAACGGGAAGAUUCCGAAACAACCUUGGAAACGUGGCUGCAACAAAAUAACGAUGGCCAACAUCCGCUGGUUUUAAAAGCUCUGCCGCGACGGAUACGACACGAGACGACCAGCAGUGAGAAAAGUUCGACUGUUGACGAUUCCAGUGACGGUACUACAUCUGAAAGUUCAGACACAUCCGAUGGGGAUGAAAGUGUCGCUUGA